AACUGUGGAAAACGUGCACGAUUUGCUUUCAAAUCAGUAAAUUUUAGUAUAAAAGUUAAGCAAUAGGUUUUGUUUUUUUUGAGCCAGGAAAGUGUGGCGAAACUUUGAUUUUCAGUUUAUUGGUUGCAGCUUAUUGUACCGAAAAUAUGUAGUGCUUAGAAUGCUCUAUACUCUUAAUUCCUGAACUGUACAGUCGUGCAACAAUUUACAUGUGUUUUAGCUCAACAUAUUUUAAAAGUGUUGCCGUGGCAAAUCUGUGUUGGUGUUACAAAUUACAGUUGUGAUUAAAAUACUAUUAGUGUUUCGAAUAGUAGCAGUGAAAAAAAAUACUAGGAGUGGUGAAAAAAUUAAUCCAGUUGACUAGUUAAUUCAUAUAAAUGUGGGCGCUAGUUCGUGUACACCGUGACCAGUGACGGUAGUUACCGCAUACAAGUGCGAGGCCACCAUACACCAAGGCAACUAAAAGUGAAUUAGUCAAUAAUAAUAAUUAGUCACUAGCGAGGCUAUUGACAAACUAACGUAAGUGAAGUUAAGUGAAGAUGGCGGGUGCAGACGUUAGCAGUUCCGGCACCCUGAGCAACAGCGUCGGCAACACGGCGUCUCUGAACCGCUCCUCCGCCACCGCCGCCACCACCAACGGCGGCGAGGUGGCGGUUGGGACGGCGGGGGCCGGUCGCACGCCACCCGCCACGCCACACAAGUCGGGGGGCGGCAAGAUGCUAGCUGUAAAGAUCCUAAUGCUGGACGAUACCUACACUCUCUUCCAGAUACAGGUAUGCCUGAGUCAGGUGGAGCCAGUUCUAAGGUUCUGCGUGAAGUUCUACACGCCGGACCCCGGGCAGCUGGAGGAGGAGUACACGCGCUACCUCGUCGCCCUGCAGAUCAAGCGAGACCUCGCGCACGGCCAGCUCGUGUGCAACACCAACACCGCCGCCCUGCUAGCGUCCUAUAUUGUGCAAGCGGAGUGCGGUGACUACGUAGAAGAAGACUACCCCGACCACCGCUACCUCUCCCUCUACAAGUUCGUGCCCUCACAAGACGACCACCUCGAGAGGAAGAUCAUGGACAACCACAAGAAACACGUCGGCAUGACGCCAGGGGCCGCGGACCUCAACCUGCUGGAGACCGCACGACGCUGCGACAUGUACGGCAUCAAGGUGCACCUAGCCAAGGGCGUUGAUGUUAACCUGGCGGCGACCCACAUGGGGUCGCUCGUGUUACAGCAGUCCACGGAAAUUAACCAUGUGUAUAAGAGACAGCCUUCAGGUGGGGAGAGAACCAGGGGCUCCUUCAGGUGGGGAGAGAACCAGGGGCUCCUUCAGGUGGGGGAGAGAACCAGGGGCUCCUUCAGGUGGGGAGAGAACCAGGGGCUCCUGCAGGUGGGGAGAGAACCAGGGGCUCGUCCUUCAGGUGGGGAGAGAACCAGGGGCUCCUUCAGGUACAGCGGGCGGACCCAGAAGCAGGUGCAGGACUACGUCAGGGAGAACUACGUCAAGCGCCAGCCAUUCCAGAG